AUGCCGGCGCCACACGCAACACCCUCCUCCCCGCCUCCCCACGCCUCUUCAUCCGCACAGAAGACGCCACCACCACCACCCUCCCCUUCAUCUUCCUCCUCUGUGGUCCACCAGGUCGGCUCCCGACAGGGCACCCGCACACGCACACGCACCCGUCGCAACAUGUCCUCCUCCGCCAACGCUUCCCAUCGCACUCCGCGCUACACCAACGAGGACCACCCCAUGGCGCCACACAACCUCGCAGAGCGCGGCUACCACUCCUUCCGCUGCCUCGGCGUCCCCUUCCACGUAAAGCAGCGCUACACCUUUGUCCGCGAGCUCGGCAUCGGCGCCUACGGCUGUGUCGCACUCUGCCGCGACGAGGUGCUCGAUUGCAACGUCGCCAUCAAAAAGGUCACCCGCAUCUUUGAAAAGGACGUCCUCGCACGCAGGGCGCUUCGCGAAGUCGCCCUCUUGCGUCACAUUGGCAUGUGCGACAACGUCACCGCCCUCCUCGACUUUGACACCGCCUUUAUCGACUUUUCCGAGAUCUACCUCGUCCUCUCCGCAAGCGAGGCCGAUCUCUCUCAGAUCAUCCGCUCCGGACAGUCGCUCUCGGAUGCGCACCAUCAGUAUUUCAUGGCACAGAUCCUGCGCGGCGUCCGCUACAUGCACGCCGCCAAGGUCAUCCACCGCGACCUCAAGCCAAGCAACCUCCUCGUCAACGGUGACUGCGCCCUCCGCAUCUGCGAUUUCGGUCUGGCGCGAGCCUAUGCCGACUCGGACGAGUUCCACGCGCCCACCGCCUCGGGCGAGGAGGCGGCCGAGCCCAAGCCCAGAACGAGCCUCAGCAGCAGCGUCGACGGUGACCGAAGCGACACACAAGCCAUAGCGCAAGAGGCCGCAUCGUCCACUGCACCUCGCUCCGACUCGGCGCGCUCGCCUUCACCCGCCUCGGAUCUGCACGUCCAGCUCUACAAGACCGACUCGAAAGGCAAGCAGAAGCGCCUCAACUACCCCGGCGGCCCGCUCACCGGCUACGUCGCCACCCGAUGGUACCGCGCCCCCGAGGUCAUGCUCUGCUUCCGCGAGGGCUACGGCCCCGAGAUGGACAUGUGGUCCGUCGGUUGCAUCCUCGCCGAACUCAUCGCCGGCGCACCCAUCUUUGGCGGCAAGGACUACGUCGACCAGAUCGCACGCAUCAACAAUGUUCUCGGCUCGCCCUCGGACGCCGUGCUCGACAAGAUCGGCUCGGAGCGCGCAAAGACGUACAUCAAGUCGCUCCCCAACAUGCCCGCCGUGCCGCUCGAAAAGCUCUAUCCCAACGCCAACCGCGACGCGCUCGACCUCGUCGCCAAGCUGCUCACCUGGGAUCCCGACGAGCGUCUCACCGCCGAGGAGGCGCUUCAGCAUCCCUGGCUCAAGGCCUACCACGAGUCCAACGCGCGCUGGCAGUCGCCGCAGCCUUUCGACAAGUUUGCCGACGUCGAGUUCAUCCACUCGCUCCGCCAGUUCAAGUCGAGCCUCCAGCGCGAGGCCGACGAGAUGCGCAUGGAACUCGAGGAGCUCGAGCGCGAAGAGCUCGAGAGCCUCGGCGCACACGCGGAUCUGCCGCACGCCGAUGCAAACGGCAACGGCGCGCAACACACGCCGCCGCAGCCGGACACCGCUGCGGACAGCAACUCCAACGGCGAGCACGAAAACGCCGCCGCCGCCGCCGCACCAGCCGAUUCGGAGUCGGGAAACGUCCAGCGGGCAGAUGACGCCGUCGAGAAGCAAGCUCAGCAUGAGCUGUGCCGCGUCGAGGCCGAUGCCCAGCCAUCGGACGCGCCCGGCCCCUUCCAUGCGGCCGACCAAGAGGCGGGAGCCGAGACCGACUCGGCGGAUGCACUCUCGUGCAAUGCCUCGUCGCAGUCGGGCCACCUGCCUGCCGAUGCGGCGUCAUCGAGCUCGUCGGCGCAUACGCCCUCGUCCACAUCGGGCGCCAGCGCCGACGAGGCCGAGCCGCCGUCGCCGCGUCUGUACGAGACGUGCGGCCUGUCGGCCACGGCGCUCAAGAGCCGCGCGGAGCAUCUGGAAGAGGGCAAGGCGCUGCGCAAGCCGCCGGCGUUUUUUCGGCUAGGGCAUGAAGUGGAAGGACGUCUGUUGAGCCAUCUCGCAAGUGCCGCACAUGCGGACGACGAGGUGAGCAACGACGCCUUCAUGCCCACCCAGGUCCUCACCGUGGCUCGCGGUCUGGUCGAGUAUCAGUCCAGCCAUGCCGCCGCACUAGCCGCGCGUGAGUCGACCCUCCUUCCCUCGUGCGAUGCCGCAUCCGUUUCGCACGCAACGCACACAAAGCACGCAACGUCGCCUGGUCCUGUUGCCGUGACCCAAGCUGCUGCCUCUGGCGGCACAGGUGGAUCGACGAGUCAGAGCUCGUCCGGGUCUGCUUCUGCCAGCCGGGCUCAGGGCGGCUCGCGCGCCGCUGGCGCCGCAAGCACGUCUUCGAUCGGGCAGAGUCUGCUGGACGACGUGAUGUUUGCGCCUGCGGAGGGCGCGUCGAGCGGGCUCAAGAGCGUGUCGUCGCAGCGCCAGGGCAAGCAGCUCGUGGUGGUGCAGGAUUCGGUGGUGCAGUCGUCGGUGCAGCUGCUGCGCGAGCUCGUGCGCCGUGCUGCGCUGCGCAAACACACGGUGGUGCUCGUCGCAGCGCUGCGCCGGCCCGAGACGUACCUCGACGCUCUCGGCGACGGUGCGGUCGCCACGAUUGACGCCACUGGGCUCGGCGACGUCUACACGGACGACGCGAGCGCGUUGAGCUCGGUGGAGCAGCUGAGGGAGCGUUUGCGCAGCGAGCUCGGUAGGCUGGGUAGCGGGGCGGCCAAGACGAUGGUGGUGGUCGACUCGCUCAACGCCGUGGUGCGCGCGAGCAGCGUGGCGCAGGCGAGCGGGCUGGUGCGCGAGACGCUCGGAGGUAUGGGCGCAUCGUCGCGUCUGGUUGUUGGCAUGCAGACGGGCGGCGUCGAGGCAAGCACAUGCGCUGGACUUGUGGCAGCGCUGCAUUCGCCACUCAUCUGGGGCUCGGCGUCGACGGCAGGCACGGUGCUCACGGCGACGCUGCACGCGCCUGCGCUGGUGCGACACUUGUUCAAGCAGUACGGACUUCGGCCGCCGUCUAGCUCCGGCAGGGAUGGGGAAGACGAGGUGGACGCGCGCUUCUGGGAGGUUCUACGCAAUGUUUCGGCGCGCGGGCCCAUGGGCAUUGCGGCGUACGAGGCGGGCGGCGGCGCGCAGGGCUGGUGGAGCGACGGCGCGGGCGAGGCGUGUGCGUUCGAACCGCUCUCGGCGCGUGUCGAGCCCGGCCUCAGCACUGCGAAUGGCGCCAGCGGUGGUGCGACGCGGUUUGCGGGCGCAGUGACGCUGGCGGACGUGUUGGACGCAUCGCGCGACGGAUAUGCGCUGCUGGAGCUGCAUCUGCAGGCGCGCAACGGCAAGAAGCACGACGAGCUGGGUGCGCUCAGUCUGGGCAGCGAUGGCGAGCUGCGCCUGCUCGAGCUCGAUAUGACCGAUCGGCGCAGCGAAGCGGGUGCGGCGACGCCAGCCGGCACACCGGACGCAGCCGGCGGAGAUAAGCAUAGCACCAUGGUGUCGACGCUGCCGUUCAACCUGGGCGAGACCGAGGCGCAGCGUGUGCGGCGCGAGGAGGUGCCGCUUCCCUACGCCUACCACCAGAACGUGGGCGAGCAGGAGCAGCGCGCGCUUAGGGGCAAUACGGGCAGCGCCAAGAUCUUCUUUGAGCCCGAGCAGGACGACGACGAAGACGACGAGGACCCAGACGACGAUCUGGAUCUGUAG